AUGGGUCACGUGGACUUCUACCCCAACGGGGGUCGGGUGCAGGUCGGCUGCAACUCCGUGUUCAUGGGCGCCCUAUCGGACAUCAUAUACGGCAAGUGGAACUCCCUGUGUAACCAUCGGAGGGCGUUCCGCUUUUUUAUCGACUCGAUCAUCAAGACCUGCACUUUUCGGGCCUUUGCCUGCGAUACCUAUGAGAACUACUUGAGGGGCGACUGUUUUGCCUGCGGGUCCGAUGGGGUCCAGUGCUCUAAUAUGGGCUAUUUUGCCCAUAAGAGCACCGGUAGGGGCAAUAUGUACUUGGUCACCAGGGAGAGUGAGCCGUUUUGUGCCAAUCAAUACAAAAUACGUGUGAUCAGCAGCAGUGGCCAGGGAUCAACGUGGGGUAAACUGGAGAUACUAUUCGUGGCCAGGGAUGGCAAGAAUGAGACUUUCGUGUUGACCAAUGAGGCCGACGAGAUCAAGGAUACCGGGUUUAUACAGGGCUUAGUGGUGGCCCACCCUAUCAUACGGAACGUUACUAAUGUGGUGCUGACGUACACCAAAUACAAGGGCUGGAUAUACAGC